GCCCACGUUUCCUUCGAACCAAACUUUUUUUGACCAGGAAAAUGUUCUUUUUGGGUCGAAUAUAUACCUUCCAAGCAAGCUCGGUGUUGCGUGUUCAAUGCACAAGCAUACUAUUGUUGCGUGGGGCUCGCAAGCGGCGAGAGUCGAGCCCUCAAAAUGAAGGGACAGAAAAAUACUUGCGUGAACAGUUUCAAGUGCCAAAGAAAUCAGCCAAACUUUUAUCACAAGUGUGUACAGUUGGGGAUAUCGAGGAGAGAGUGGAGUACUUUAAAUCUAUAGGACUGACCCAAGAGAAUAUUGAAUUGGUUUUCAGGAAGUUUCCAAGACCUAUUAUGACGUCUGAUGUGUCAGAAAUGAAUAAAAGGGUCGUGUUUUUAUCUGGUUAUACAACAAAAUUUAGGGAUCCAAAUGUCCUGGUCACCCACCUUAUCCCUCAGUAUCCACCACUGUUGUUUCACUCAGUCGAGGCUAUGGAGAAACGUAUUCAGUUGCUGAAGACAUGUAACCUUAAUGAGGAAGAGAUUGCUAAAGUUCUCAGAUACAACCCCAUGACCAUCUUAACAAAACUGGAGGAUAGUUUUGAAGAUCUUGUUAAAUAUUUAAAGGACAGUGGGCUACCAGAUCAAACUAUUCACAAGUUCUUUACCAAACAGCCAAGAUCAAUAACAUUCCGUUGGGAAGCAAUUGAAAAAAGAGUAAGAUUUUUCAUGGACGAAUUGGACUACACAAGAGAACGAAUUAUUGAGGUGUUUACAAAUAAUCCGAUGGUGCUAACAGCCAGCGUUGAGCGUAUGCGAGAGCGUAGUAAUUUCAUUAAGGAUGAGAUGGGAUUGACUAAUCAUUCGUUACAUAGGUCACCACUUGUACUGCGAUACUCACUGGAAAGACUUCAGUGGCGAUAUUAUUAUUUAUGUCAGAUAGGGUAUCAAUUCACCGAUGAUACAUAUUUGUUGAAUGUUUUAUAUGUCACAGAUGAACUGUUUGCAAAGUAUGUUGCGAAACGUCCAGUAAAUGAGAUUUUAGAAUUUAAGGAUCGUUUUUAUGAAAAUCUCAAUUCAAUAAGUGACAAUUCAGAUACUGUUAACACUACGAUUCCUUGUUAAUAAACGUUUAUGCAG